AUGUCGAUAGACUCGGAGUCCACAUCCAGCACACAGUUGCUCUCGUCAUCUCAAUCCUCGCUUAACCGGUCGAGCAAGCGAUCGUCGUCCGAGAUAUCCAAAAUCUACAAGCAUGCAUCUCAGUUAUUUCUCACUCGAAGACUAGUCGAGGCGUACGAGGCUCUGAAACCUGUGGUGACGCCCUCGGGCCAGGCCAGGCCCGACGAUAGCCCGGCGCAGGCUCCAAUCGCAACGGCUACGACCAGUCAACGGAUCAAGAUCUGGAGCUUGUAUGUGACUCUGCUGAACUCAAUCAUUGAUCUUGGGCUGGAAGAGGGCAAGGAACAGUUUGGCGAGAAGGUGUACAAAGGUAUCGUGCGAACAGUGCAAAGCGGAGAUAUCUGGGAACAAGUUGUCCGAGAUGGAUAUCAGGGUCGCGAAGGCUCCGUGGAUGCGGAGGUUGUCUACAACUUAUCGAAUUUGCUUCUGGGACAGGCUCCCGACCAGAAAGUCAACCAAGCGCGGCUUGAGACGUAUCUCUCGUCAUCCUCCCCCUCUUCCUCUUCCCAACUCGACCUUGAUCUCUCGGCCCAUCUGAGCAAUAAUAAUGCCGGCAGUGGCAAUGGUCGACGGUCCGGGAUGGAUGGCACAAACACACCCAAAGACCUGACGUCUCGGAUCAAGAUCAUUGAAAUCUUUACCCUCCAUGUUCUUCCCCGAAACGGAGAAUGGGACUAUGCGCGGAGCGUGCUCACCAACAGUGACAUCCUAGAUGAGGAACGGAGAGAAGCGUUUCUACAGACCUUACAAGAGCUACAGGAUGUUUCGGAAAGGGAAAAGCUUGGCCAAGCCGAGCUGGAUAUCUUCGAGGAUACCGAGGAGGGAAUGCCCGAGUUUACUGCUUCAGGCACCGGCCACGGCGACGACGAGGACUCAAGGACGCGGUCCGGCAAACCCACGUCGUCCAGGCACCAGAGGACAAGCAGCGAGGUCGACUAUGGCAUUGAAAAGGAGCAUCCCAGUGGAUCAUAUUCCUCAUCGCAAUCAUCAGUCAGCAGCGUAUCUAGCACGCCGGACCAAAAAACACAAACACAAACACAACCCGCUCCAUUAAACAAACUUCCACCGCAACCUAUGCCUACCGCGCGGUCUCCUCCCCUGCCAUCCGGGGCCGGCCCCAAAGGUCGCAACAACCAGCUCUCUCCUCCAGCUCAGACGCCACGUCCUGGUCGUCCGACCCGGAAACCAAAGGCGCCCACUCAAAACGGCCUAAUAAGGCAAGCCCGCCAGUUGUUUCUGGCCCUGACCAACCUGGCCCGCAAUAUGGCGGGAGCGGUUUCAAAUAACCCGACGACGCUGCUGCGGCUGCUUCUCUUCAUUCUUGCUUUCGUCAUGGCGUUUAGCCAGAGGCAGAUCCGUGAAAGAGCAAAGAGGCUGUUGGACACGAGUUGGCAGAAGAUCAGAGGCACGGUGGGAAUGGGCGUCAAAGUCAGCUAUAUUUGA